AUGUAUCCUCCUCCUUCCUCCGCCAAGUCCACCGCUCAAGACGGCGGCGGAGACGGCGACAACAAUCGAUAUGACUCAGCCGCCGGAGCCACACGUGAUUUCUCCUCUCUUGGCUCUCAAACACACCACAAUCCUCCACCGCCGCAUCAUCCACAGCCUCCGACGCGGCGGCAGAACGAUCCCAACGUCGUUGGUCAUUACUUCUCCGGCGACCCAUCUUCCUUUGGCACGGAAUCCGGUGCCUCUUCUUCUUUGUUCCGACACAGAAGUUCUCCGGCCGGAUUCUUUGACCAACAUCUUCCUACUGAUCCCAACGGUUUUUCUCUAGGACGGCCAAACGGAGGAUACGUCGGAGGAGGAGAGCGAGGACCGUCGAGGUUGAAGUCGGAGGCAAGAUUAUCCGGCGGGAGUAGUAGUAGUAGUCAUCAAGAACAUUCUCUACCACGAAUCUCGGAGGUUGAAGCGUCUGCAGCGGCUAUAAACGGUGUCGCAUCGACAAGUAUGAGUUUUGGAAAUGAACAUCAUAACAAUUGGGACAACUCGUCUUCUCAUAUCAGUUUCACCAUUGAUGAACCCGGAAAACGGUCCAAGACCACCGACUUUUUCACCUUAGAAACUCAGUUUAGCAUGCCGCAAACGUCUCUUGAAAUGGCGAGAAUGGAGAGUUUGAUGAACAUCCCAGAGGACUCAGUCCCUUGUAGGACAAGGGCCAAGCGCGGUUGUGCGACUCACCCGCGCAGCAUCGCUGAAAGGGAGAGAAGAACAAGAAUAAGCGGAAGGCUUAAGAAGCUACAAGAACUGGUGCCAAAUAUGGAUAAGCAAACAAGCUAUGCAGACAUGUUGGAUUUGGCUGUUGAGCAUAUCAAAGGUCUUCAAAACCAAGUAGAGUCGCUGGAAAAAGGAAUGGAGAGGUGUACCUGUGGAGCAUGCAAGAAGCGAUGA